CUCGUACUCACCACUAGACGAUAUGAAGCGAUCCUCUUCCACAGCGAAGCGUGUACCGCGAAAGAUCAGGAACGACAAUGAAGACUCUAGCGCAGACGGUUCUCAAGGCGGCGCAGAGAACAGACAAAGAGAGCCCGUAGUCAAACGGCCAGUAUUUCCCAAGUCUAAGAAGCGCUCAUCACUUCGUCUCUCCUUCGGGCCUGGCGAUUCCUCCGCGAACGAUGGUGACGAAUCUAGUGAUGCUGCUGUAGCCACUCCAAAAAGAACUAAUCUCAGCCGCAUAGCGAUCGAAAAGAACGCCGAACGCAAAGUCAGGUCGUCACUUCUUUAUGAGCUUCCCCGCCCUCGGGACAGUCUCGACGAAGACAGGCCAUCAUAUAGCAAAGACUACAUUGCUGAGCUUCGAAAAUCCACGCCUUCGACCCCCAAAGAGAUAACAACGGACAACGAUGAACACAAUGUCCAGGCACUUGAUGUCGCGUUAAAAUUCGGACCACUCGCUACUCUCUCUACGGACGAACUGUCUUCCAUACCAUCUGCGGCCGAGAUUCGGGAGAAGAAAGCAAGGCGAGCACGCUUGGCACGGGAACAGAUAGCGCAUGCGACCCUUGGUGGGGAUGAGGACGAUAAUUGGGCUUCCGAUGGCGAUGAUGAAUUUCGAACCAACAGGAAUGAGGUCUCCUUGAGGCCGAAGGAAAAGUACGCGGAGACGCGUCUCGUUCGGGAAGAUGAGGAUAUUGCGGAGGGAUUUGAUGAAUAUGUCGAGGAUGAGCAUAUAUCGUUGGGCCGGAAAGCAGAACUUGCAGCGCAAAGGAAACGGCGAACGGAGAUGGCGGAACUCAUUGCCGAUGUGGAGAGGGACUCAGACAAUGAUGAUUCUGACUCUGAAGCGGAUCGAAAUGCCGCUUAUGAGGAGGCUCAGACUCGAGCAGGAGCAUACGGCAGAAAGGAGCAGCUAAAGGACCAUGGUGCUAAAACACCACCUCGGAUCACGCCUCUACCUGAUCUAGCCGAAGUCCUAGAGCGCCUGCAGGCUGAAGUCAAAAGCAGAGAACAGAGGAAGGAGGUGGUUCUGAAGAAACUGGAGGAGGUCAAAGAGGAAAAGGCACGCAUUGCAGAGAGCAAAAAGUAUGUCCAGGAACAGCUACAAAAGGCAGGCGAAGAGUAUGAGAAGUUGCGACAAGAAUCUGGCAUGGCUGCUUUGCCAAUGAAUGGGGCCAAUGGUGGCAAGCUAAUUGUCAACAGGGGUUUGGAUAGUCUUGGAGCGACACCUAUGCCUACAUCGAGAGAGGAUUCGAGCGAGGAAUAAGAAAUCUAUGAACCCAUGUCAACGAGAUCAUGGUGCAUUAUUAGUGUCUCAGUCUGCAAUUGGUGUCUGCUCCGUCGUUGAUGACACAGCCUCAACUCCGAUUUAACUUGUUUUCCAUGUGGUGGGAUAAUGGUCCCAAUACAUUGCCAGCCGGAUAUGAUUCAUGAGCUUGCAUGGUACUCACAGGGUCCCGUUGAAAAAUC